GGAGGAUAGAACACCAGUCGCUCUGUUUGAAGUUAACAUGAAAGCUAUUUUCAUUUUCCUGUUCGUUUCAAUUCUUGGGUUGUUGGCCGUGAAGAGAAGUGCUGCAGAUAGAUGGCAAAAGCAGAAUACCGCGCCUGUGUGUUUUGGCGCAAAGAGCGGACAGUUUGGAAGAUUCUAUGUUAAAACUGCUUUUAAAAGGGUGGCCGCUGUGAAGUUGGUUCAUCUCUACGGGUACGUGUCCUGUGACACACGACAUGUCUCUUAUUGGUCUUACUGGGGCUGUGGCUUGUACGGCUGGGGACUGGGCAAGAUUAAUGUUGUCAUAACAAACUCAGGCGAUCAAGUUCUUUUGCCGCCACACGAAUUCAUCGAACAUCAUGGUGCUAAAUGGUCCAAGGUUCCUGGAUAUGACUCAUUUUCCUCAGAGUUAGUGCUCUCCUCUUUUAGUCCCUCCCACGUGAACUACAACCAAGAGUUACGAGUGUGGUAUGGCGAGGAUCUGAUGAAUACCAGCGAGGGAGACAAUGGAGGCACCGUUUGCGUUGAUAUAUAUGCAAUUUUCGUCUGAGCUUUCACUGAGCAGCAAGUAGUCGUAACAAAACUUUUCAUAGCCAUAAACUAGGAAAGCGCCCAUUUUUGAAAUCAGGGUUAUCAUGCACUUUUCUGUUCUUAGGACCAGUCCUUAUUUACCACUGGGGGGAAGGGAGCGGGGGAGGGGUAGAAGGAUUUGAUUGCAGUUGGGAUCACACAGUUUCAAGGGUAACGGAGGGGUGGGGGGGAAUAAGUCCUCGGUAACAAAGUAUAAAGUAAAAAUUAUAUAAAACUGGGUGUUCCCUUUAUUGCAUUCAUCCACUGUCCCCUCCCCUCUUCCCUCCUUUAGGUGCCUGGCUACGCAGGUUACGAUUUCUAAUAGGGUCUAUUGUUCUUAAAAAUAAUCCGAAAACUCCCCCUCCCCCCUGGGGGGCGAUGAAUGAUGACUGGUCUCUAAGGAAAACAAGUUCAUUAGUUGACAACUACAAAUGCAAGCGUAAGUGGGACUGGUCAGGUAUUUCACCCCCCUGGUUGUGCUCUUGAUCAAAUGCAGUUUCCCGUUAUCAUGUGCUCCGGAAAAUUGUAAUCUGUUGGAGUGCUUUCAAACGAGGGGUGCACCUCAAACAGUAUUGAUAAUAGAAAUAAAAAAAGUAAAAAGAUGUAAGGUCAGCUUUAUGUUAUGUAACAAAAGCAAUUUUCACAAGGAAAAUAAAAGAGUAACUGCUGCCCGAUGA